CAAAUUUAAUAAGAGAUUAUUACAAGGAUUUUUAAUCCGGAAUUACGAAUGCUUUCUAGUGCGGAGCCUGAUGUUACUUUUGAUAUCUCGGAACUUGUAGCCCUGACACGUGGCAUUCUCUAGUGGCCAGUCUACACGGAACCAAUUUUGCUCAUUCUAAAAAGAGUAUAGAACUGCAUGGUCCAGGUAAAAUGGCUCAGCCGCCUGAACAUCAUCCAAACUGCAAUCCAGACCACAGGAACAGACAAUCCGGGGUGACAGAAGAUGGACAUAACUUUGUGAACAACUAUAACUUAGCUGUCGAUUUUGAUCUAGAAUGCCUGGGCUGUUGUUUUGCCUAUCUCAGGGGAAGACAUUAUCAAGAAGUUUUAGGAGCUUUGUUUGAUAGGGUUCAUUACUCGCAGGCAAACUUGGCAGUUCCUGGAGCCCGAAUCAGGGGAGACUUGGUAAACUCAUUUGUCAACGUACCAAGACGUGGAAGAAGAGGUCAAAUUGCCACAGGACAUGACCUGAAUCUGGGGGAACUAUCAGUGCGUCCAUUUGCCAAUUCUAGAACUUAUCAACUGUACUCCGAAACUGGGGCUCUAAGUGUUGGUUUUGAAGCAAAAGCCCUCAUGGAGAGUGUAGCCAUUGAUGUGGUGAGGCCAGAUGAGCUUGUCAACAUCUAUCUGAGCUAUGCAGAUGCUGCCCUGGUAGAGUUAUACAGGGAGCAAAAUAAUCAGGAAAGUUUGAGUCGUGCUGAGGCAACAGGUUACUUACUUCUUAGAAAUCCAGAGCAAAGGGGGCACUAAACACCAUCAAACAUUUUAUUUAUACGUACGGUGAUUGAAAGAAAGAUAUCAUUUGAUGAAUACAUUUAACAGAUAAUACACUCAGAAUGUAUUUUUAAAAAGUCAUAUUUACUUUAUUUUUUGUAUAAUCAAAAAUUUUAUAUCAUUUUUUCUAUCUCUGCAAUGUUGCAUGUUUUUCCAAGCACAAAUGACACAUA